AUGUGCUUCAAUAUCCUUAUCUUGACCGUUCGGACCUUCAGGGUCAUCAAGCCCGGAGGCACAGCGCCAUUUGGAUUCAUAAGAACCCAAGGCUUAAAGGAGCCUUCCCUGUGCGACGACAUGACCUCUUCCCCUGCUUCGUCACCUGCAGGUUUCAUCCCAGAGAUCGCUGUCGACAACACCCUAGGAGCCUGGCUCAUUGGCUUACCAAUACUGGCGCGCAUUUCAGAAAGACCCAAGGCAUCUGAAGACAUGGGUGAGACGAGUUACUAUUACGUAGUCACGCUUUUCUGGGAUCCCGUGUUCGUGUUCACAUCCCCACCAGUCUGGUCUGCGCAGCUUCUACCACUCGGGGGCACCUUCGUCCUCGACGAGAUAUUCAAGGCAGUCAGUGUCUCGGAAGUUUCGUCCCAUUGUGAUUAUGGCGCGCAGAUUCUCCUUGAGCUGUUUGAGUUCUCUUGGCUCAUAACAGCGGGAUCCAUCAUUCAAAUGACUGCAGACGUGACCACCACAGGCUCCCUCAUCUACGUCUUACGCCAUCUUCGGACUGGUUUCAACUCAAGGACGGACUCCAAGCUUGAUCUCCUGAUUGCAUAUGCCUUCAGCACCGUGUCUUUCACGUUCUCAAUGUCAUCGCCUCUGAACUCGCGCAGAGCUCUCGGAAUCAUGGACGAUGAGGAUGGGAGCACAGCAUUUUCCUCGUCCAAUCGGCAAUCUACCGCGCGAUUCACAAAUCCAAGGCUGAGUCGAAGUGCUCGCGGGACAACGUCUCAUCCGCCUAUGGAGCUCAAGAUUUUGCAACGUGCACCUUCCGGGGUGCAUACCGAUAUGGAAAGCUCUGAGAAGCCUUCCAUGACGAUUUCCCCUGAUGAUCUCGUGAAUGUGGCAUGA